AUUUGUCCUAGCGCCUUUAUCUCCACGUCAUUCCCGAGUACCUGUCAAUUUCGUGGCUCGUGGUACUUUAAACACCACGACUCGCUAUUCAUAACCGGCCAUGAUAUGGUGUUAGCCAAACGACACACAGUCAAAUCACUGAUCAAUUCACAUUUCUUAUAAGCGAUCUGGUAACGCGGCAAUAUGCCAAUCUGCAUUGAAUGCAGACAUCCCGUCAAGACGCUCUGGACUGCAUAUUCUGGCGCAGGGGACAAGGCCAGCGGACACAAUAUCCGACUCACUGUGUGCCGCAACUGUGGCCGCUUCUGCGACAAGUAUGUCGAACAUGACUUUGUCGUGCUUUUUAUCGAUUUAGUCCUGAUCAAACCUCAGGUCUAUCGACAUUUACUAUACAAUACCUUGAUGCGAGACGAUGAUCGCUUAGAUCCUUCUGUUAUCCGUCUAGGCACUCUUCUUCUUCUCUUUGAUGUGUACUUGACAUGGGCACGAUUGGAGAAGCAGAUGGUGCCUGAUGCCAUCCCAGGAGCAAGCAACUUGGGUAAACUUUCACAACAGCCGAUUGUCUUUCAAUACCUCUUCUUCCUCAUCUUUUGCGCACUCUCAACGGCAGCUUUCCAUGUGAGCAUACGCUUCCUCACGUCCUCCGCUUUCUCUCCCCUCAACCUUCUGGGCAUCCUUCCUCGAUACACGAGGCCCAAUUCAGUGUCUACAGCUCUCCUGGUAUCAUCCUCCACGAAGCUAUUUCCCAUCUUGAUGGUGAUCUGGGAUUAUGAUGUUCCCGCCUCAGCUCGAUCACUUGGCUGGGCCGUCGUGGCCAACAAUGUCGAGGCACUACGCAUUCUUCUUGAUUGCAACUAUGUCAUAGCAUGUCUACUCGCUAUCGCAGGGGCAGCUUCACGCUGGGUGGUCGGCCGGGCUGUCCUGCUCGCUGCUGGCCUUGCCGACGUUGACUCGAUAGGUGAAAGUGGCGUGGCAGCAGACGGCAAAGCUCUAUGGGCGUUAUUGAUGUAUGCGAAGGAAUGGGCAGGCCGUCUUGCUGUCGGAUAGACUUUUACCACCGAAGCCAAGUAAUCACACGGGAAUUGUCCGAAGCAAAAUG